AUGGUAUUAUAUAAAUGCCCAUCAUUUUGUGCUGAACACCUAAACACUUUAAAAGGGAGGGUGCACGUUGGCAUCAUCAAGCUAGAAAAAAAGUUAAGAGUUAGACACACACACAUCGCACAAAAAAGAAUUAAAGCAACAAGCUUUAUAGCUUCUUGUUGGAGAUAUCAAACAUGGCAACUGGUGCCGCCCCAGAUGGAUUAUUCUGGUCAGUGGUGUAUGAAGGGUGCAUAUCUGGCUAUGAUAACUGCGUGGAACGACGACCCUACCACCGUAACUGUGGCUGUGCACUCCAUAACACGUCACUUAUUAAUCGCACGCACAAGCUUCCGAGGUGUAACAAUGUGUCAUACCCUAUGAGGAGGGCAUGGAGUGAAGGAAGCUUGGUCUUGGCAACUUCUUCUUCAUCAUCUCCUUCUCAAGUUGCAACUGGGGGAAGGCCACAACCAAGUUUGGCAAACGUUGAGGAGGAAAAUAAGAAUUGCUUUAAUUAUUGAAGUUUUGACAAGAAUUAAUCUGUUUGAUAAAACUCUGUUUUGCUCUUUUUAUUAGUUUGAAUCCGGUUUAGCCGUUUAGUAGGCCUUUUUUUUUCUUCUUUUAAUUAAUAAGUUGAUUUGAUGAAAGGUUGUGUUUGUAUGGACGUCUUGCUAUUAUGGUUCAUGGACUGUGGUCGUUUAUUGGCUUCGGUAUAUUAUACAACUCAAUUUAUUGUAAAUUGUAAUUGUGCUCAUCGAAAUUCUUUACAUAUUUCCAAUAUAUAUUCAUGUUCUUAAUUAA